CAGUGCAUCGAAUUUUGGGUGCCUUCACCGACAAGCUUGCACUUUCUCGAGGGACGACAACAACAAACCACCUACAGCAUUACCGGGCAAUAGCAGCACACCAUGAGCAACGGUGGCGAGAUCAGUAAGAAAGCCUUCCCUUUGGCUAGCGCAGACUUAACGGUCUCAAUACUUGACCUGGUGCAGCAAGCAAACAAUUACAAGCAGCUGAAAAAGGGAGCGAACGAGGCCACGAAAGCUCUGAAUCGAGGCAUUGCCGAGCUCAUCAUCAUGGCUGCUGACGCGGAGCCUUUGGAGAUUCUGUUGCACUUACCUUUGCUGUGUGAGGAUAAGAAUGUACCAUACGUCUUCGUCCCCGCCAAAAUCGCCCUUGGCCGCGCCUGCGGCGUCACCCGUCCAGUCAUUUCUUGCGCCAUUCUCUCCAAUGAGGCCUCUCAGUUGAAGGACCAAAUUAAUUCCUUAAAGGAUCGGAUCGAGGCCCUGUUGAUCUAGAAUGGUGCAUGAGCUGAAUGAGAAGGAGAAGAGGCAUGUGGGUCCCAGAAGGUGUUGGCUCCCGACGGAAAGGGGGCGUGGUUUGUCAAUAUACGAGAGCGCGCAUCAUCCUUGCGGGUGCGACAUGGAGACGACUAAAAGCGAAAAUACUUGUAUGAGUCGAUCCUGACUCUGUGCCGCGGAGGGCCGAGAAUCUGCAAGGAAGGAAAGAAAAAGUUCGCCCCGGCAUGCCCUCGCAUAUGCGGAAGCUUCGAGGAGCGGGGAUAACAUAAAUACGCACGCAAAGUCACCGGUAUACAAA